UUGAAGUAAUUUAAAAUUCAUUGUAUCAAUUCAUUCCGCGUUCAAACAGGCGCUAGUGACGACGUCUAACACUCAGUAUGAAGUGUUUUAUAAUAGUUUUCGCUUUGUGCGCAUUUGUUUGUGGAAACGAUGAAGACCUUAAAAUAAUCGACUCGAUAGAGCAAGAGGAGCCGUGCAUCGAAAUGGGUGGACAAUGCACAAUAGCUGCUGACUGUCCAAAGGGACAUCUUGCGGAAAAACAGGGACUCUGCCCAAAUCAACGGAAACAAGGCAUUGAUUGCUGUCACGGAGUAUCCAUGAAAGAGACGCGUUGCAUCAAACACGGCGGUGCGUGUAUGAAACAGGACUUUUAUUGCAAUCCGAGUGUGAUUUUUGACGAAGCAACUGAUUGUGGUGAAAAUGAGAAGUGUUGUCUAUUGAUGUCUUAAUACACAAGUAAAGCGCA